AGUGAGAUGUGAUAUUGUCUCUUCUGGUGACGGAGAAAGAGGGCGUUUCCAUCUUGCAUUUUCCGCGUCCUCCUGCAGAGGGGCGGCGGCGGGCUAGGCGUCCAACUAAACAGCGAGCUUUGAUGCCCCGGGUGCGCGCGACCGCGGGGAGGGGGGCAGGAGGCGGGCCGCCGGCGGGGCGGGGUGUGUCCGGCCGCGAGGUCCCUCCGCCCCUGGGUCCCGUCACCACACGCCGCCGAAAGUCUGGACCAGACGCCUUCUCCUCCCUCUUGUCCCUCGCCUUGUCCGGAGUCGGGCGCAUACCAUGUCGGUCGCACUCAGCAACAGGUUCCAAGGAGGGAAGGCGUUCGGUUUGCUCAAAGCCCGGCAGGAGAAGAAGCUCGAGGAGAUCAAUCGGGAAUUCCUCUGUGACCAGAAGUACAGUGAUGAAGAGAACCUGCCGGAAAAGCUUGCAGCCUUCAAAGAGAAAUACAUGGAAUUUGACCUGAACAACGAAGGCGAGAUUGAUCUGAUGUCUUUAAAGAGGAUGAUGGAGAAGCUGGGGGUCCCCAAGACCCACCUGGAGAUGAAGAAGAUGAUCUUGGAGGUGACAGGGGGUGUCAGUGAUACCAUCUCCUAUAGAGACUUUGUGAAUAUGAUGCUGGGCAAGCGGUCAGCAGUCCUCAAGCUGGUCAUGAUGUUUGAAGGAAAAGCCAACGAGAGCACCCCAAAGCCAGCUGGCCCACCUCCAGAGAGAGACAUUGCCAGUCUGCCUUGAGGACCCACCUGGACCUUCUGGCCUGCCAUCCCUGCCCUGCAUCUUCCUUCUGCCAUCUUGACUCAUUGUUAUAUGUCUCAUAUGUUCUGUCCCAGUGGA